AUGAACUCACUGGCGCGUCUAGUGACGCAUGUUUCUAGAUACAGGUUAUGAGGUGACUGCAAGUUUUAAAUGGAAAGAAACUGAGAUAUUCAAGAAAUAUUUCGUUUAUUCUUUUGUGAACAUUAGCGCGUUAGCCAGCAGCACCAGGCAUGUCGGUCCAUUUUGAUGAACGAAGCGGGGUGAUUCCCUGCAAAACCGCAUGGGGUGCCUGGUAUCAGACCAUGGAGGAGGUUUUUAUUGAAGUUGAUGUUCCUCCGGGAACUUCUGCUAAAGACAUUAAGUGUAAUCUCGGCAGCAAACAAAUUGAGCUUGCUGUAAAGGGACGAGACGUUUUUAAGGGAAAACUGUUCGGUUCCACUAUUGCAGACGAAGGAACCUGGACAUUAGAGGAUAAGAAGCUUAUCCGGAUUAUUCUAAUGAAGUCCAAUCGGGAGGCAGGAAACUGCUGGCCUUCGCUGUUGGAGGGAGAGUACUGUGCGGACCCCUGGGUGCAGGACCAGAUGCAGAGGAAAUUAACUCUGGAGAGAUUCCAGAGGGAGAAUCCUGGAUUUGACUUCAGCGGUGCAGAGAUUUCUGGAAAUUUUGCUGGCGGUGGACCAGACUUUUCCAAUUUAGGAAAAUAGAAUUGCAGAGUGGUUUUUGCGGAUGAAGGGACUGAUGUCUUGUGGAAAAGGAAAGAAGCAAAGAAACUAAAGUGGUUAACAAGCCCUUCCUACAAUGUGGCCUUCCUGAGAAUGGUUCAUGGGAAACUUAAAGAUAUGCCAUAUGAGCACUCUAAAGAACAGAGGAAAUGAGAACCAUAUUAAGGAUGUUGUGUUAGUGGCUUAUUUUGUAUGUCAAUUUAUUACACAAGAUGUCCAAACAUCAAAUAUCAGGAGAGUAGGAAUGUUUUGUUUUUCUGCCUUUAUUUUGUGUAUCACAACUCCCAGAUUACGUCGUAAGUACUAGGUAGUUUCUAUUUUUCAACUAUAUAGCAGUACUAACCUGCAUUCAUUUUGACUGUUUUAAUUAAAUCCAUGAAGUUAUUUUAGGCUCUGAGAAUGAAAGAAAAAAACAAAUUUGUUUUACGAUAUGUCCAUCAACCUAAUGUAUAGAAAAACAUAAUGGAAGGAUCUGCAUAAGGGCUGUUCUUUCUAUUGCAAAUUAAAACACUAUUAGGUUGGGCAGAAAAAAGUUCUGGCUACCCUUCCUUUUUUGCAUUUUGAUUUUAAGGAGUAUUAUCUUCUAAAUUAAAGUAUAAGGUAACAAUGAGACCUUAAACUUUUGAAACUAUUAGUUUCUUUUAAACUGUCAAAAAGAUGUUUUUGCAAAGCAGUUUCAGCAGUUGAAGAUUGAGCCUGUAUGAGAUGCAUCCAAGAUCAAGGAAAGUGCUCCCACCUUUGUAUCUCAGAAUUAAGUGUCCAAUAAUUUAGAAAUUAAUACUACUUUAAAGGUGAAACACUUUCAUAAAAUGUCAAAUUAAUUAAGCAAGCCAUGUGUCAGGAUGGAUCUAGUUUUUCCCCAGAAGAUGUGCACCAGAUGUAAAGGAAAUGCUUUCUGCACAAUGGUGUACAAAAAUAAAUUUGCUUCAAUUUCA